AUGCUCCGUCGUGCUGCGCAGGUUGGGGCUCGCGCCUUCACCCGCGCCUCCUCCACGGCCGUGGUCUCCUCAAACCAGGAGUCGUUUGCGCAGAAGGCUUGGCGUUGGGUGGACGUCACAGGUUACUACACCAAGUGGCACUCUCGCCGCGCCUGGAUCCUCGACCAGGAGCCCAUCGCCCGUGCUGCAUCGAUCUUGGUCACCGAGUACGAGAGGAAGCUGCUUCUGUGGCUGACGUGGGUGAACUUCUUCUACAUCCCGAUCAGCGUGUGGUAUUGGUACGGCCAGUUCACCCACCUGGCCUCGAAGCCACCGGUGCCUCUGAUGCCGGAGUACCAGUAUAUGAACGGCCGCAAGCGCGACUUCUCCCACGUGGGCGGCCGCUGGAACGACUGCAAGGUGUACUGGCGGUACGUACUGGUUACUGGUGCUUGCACUUGA